AUGAGUAUUUUAAUAACUGAAGAACCCAUCUCCGCCCAUCCAGACCUUAUCAAAAAGCUUGAGAAAGGAAUCAUCAACGAGGCAAAGCACGAAGAGCAAAACUUCAAAGACACCCUCAAGGACCUCUCCAAAACCGAGAAGAUGGAGAGCAAGGCCCACAAGGCUUCUGUUCGGGCAGAGCGUGUUUUGGAGAAGGCGGAACAGCACGAACAGAAAACUCUCAAGAAUAUAUAUAAAGCCGAGCAAGCCCAUGAUAUCGCCAUAAGCAACGUGCAUGAGGCCCAGCAUGAGUUAGAGAUGUCGACGAAGAACAACGGGAAAUUUCAGCAAAGUGUGCAGGCGAAGAAGGAAAGAGUAGAGGAUGCCAUAAAGGCAAACGACGAGAACACGAAGGAACGAAACAUAAAGUUGACGGCUCUCCGAGGACCAGCAGGCACCAAUGAAUCAGGACGUGUGGUCCCCGCUGUGGAAGGAGCCGCCUCCACCGCGCAGAACUGA